AUGAGCGCCUCCACAGAGCAGCAAAAUGAAAUUGCCAAGUUGGUUGAGCAACACGGAGCAGUUCCUCCACCCUGGUUCAUGUUUCUAAAACAACAUCCAUACAGCAUCGGGUGGCGCAUGGGUGCUGGUGAAUCUUAUAUCAUGAUGUAUUGGACUUGGUGGGGGCAACAAAAAGAGAAGCUCGACGAAAAGCAGCGAAUUGAGUAUUUCCGCAGAUGGCCUCCUCCACCCGAGUGGCUCAUUUGGAUGAUAGAAGCAAUCUGGGAUCUUGACCCCAAAGACUUUGAGGACGACGACGAUUACUCGCCCUAUUUUAAACGCACCGAGACACUUGGUUUUGGGUCUGAGGAUGAUUAUAAGAAUGCUAUGCGUGAUGGGGAAGAGUAA